AUGAAAUUAGAUUCACAAACAAUUAAUGAAAAGGCCGAACAUAAUCUCUCAGUUUCCACUCGUUUGGAUUUGGCGCUGAUUCCGAUGGAAAUCGGACAGCUCAAACUCAAAGCAAGUAGUAGUAAGAGUUUGACUGGCAAGAGUCUCCGUCACGUGCGCUUCAAAGCGCGUGCUUUGUGUCUGUGGUGGACUCGCACACGCGUGUUGAACGGUUACCGGUUUAGUCGGUCAGAUUUUUUUAGUGUGACUCUGUUUUUCCACAAAUUAAAGAAAGAAAGAAAACAAAUGGGUCUCCUCGAAUACGCAGCCUGUGAUGAUCUCCCAUCAUUCCGGAGAGAGAUCGAAGAGAAAGGUCUCGACUUGGACGAGCCAGGGCUCUGGUACUGCAAAAAGCUCGGGUCUAACAAGAUGGGUCUUGAACAGAGGACGCCACUAAUGGUUGCAGCCAUGUACGGAAGCAAAAAGGUUUUGACUUUCAUCGUUUCCACCGGAAAAUCCGAUGUGAACAGAGCUUUCGGCGAAGAAGGAGUCACUGCGCUUCACUGUGCUGUUGCUGGAUGCUCUGUUAAUAUGGUUGAAGUCAUCAACGCUCUGCUUGAUGCCUCUGCUUUAGCUAAUGUCGUUGAUGCUAAUGGGAACCAGCCUUUAGAUCUGUUUGUUAGGGUUUCGAGGUUUGUGGCUUCUCCGAGGAAGAGAGCUGUUGAGAUGUUGCUGAGAGGAGGUUUGGUUAGUGAAGCUGUUGAAGAAGAAGAGGUGAAGAUUGUGUCUAAGUAUCCAGCUGACGCGUCAUUACCGGACAUAAACGAAGGUGUUUACGGUAGUGACGAGUUUAGGAUGUAUAGCUUUAAGGUUAAGCCUUGUUCUAGAGCUUACUCUCAUGAUUGGACAGAGUGUGCCUUUGUUCAUCCUGGUGAGAACGCGAGGAGGAGAGAUCCGAGGAAGUAUCCUUACACUUGUGUCCCUUGUCCUGAGUUUCGUAAAGGGUCUUGUCCUAAAGGAGAUUCUUGUGAGUAUGCUCACGGUGUUUUCGAGUCUUGGCUUCACCCUGCGCAGUAUAAGACAAGGCUUUGUAAAGAUGAGACUGGUUGUGCGAGGAAAGUGUGUUUCUUUGCGCAUAGACGUGAGGAGAUGAGACCGGUUAAUGCUUCAACUGGCUCUGCUGUGUCUCAAUCUCCGUUGGAGAUGAUGUCUCCACUUGGGUACUCUUCAGGUGUUUCGACCCGUCCUGUCUCUCCUAUGGGUAGUAGUGUUGCUUCCUCUCCAAGAAACGGGUCAUGGCAGAACAGAGUUAAUUCUCUGUCUCCACCUACUCUGCAGCUCAACGGUGGAAGUAGAUUGAAGUCUACACUGAGUGCUAGAGAUCUUGAUAUCGAUAUGGAGAUGGAGAUGAGACUCAGAGGUUUCAACAAUGUUGAAGAGACUUUUGGAUCUUAUGUCUCUUCUCCUAGUAGGAACUCUCAGAUGAGUCACCAGCAUUACCCUUCUUCCCCAGUAAGGCAACAGCCUCCUCCUCCUCACCACUUUGACUCUUCAGCAGCUGUGGCGGCGGCAGUGAUGAAUGCAAGAUCAUCUGCAUUUGCUAAACGCAGCUUGAGUUUCAAGCCUCAAGUAGCAUCAUCACCGUCAAAUCUCUCGGAUUGGGGAUCACCAAGUGGGAAGCUGGAGUGGGGAGUGCAAGGAGAUGAGUUGAGUAAGAUGAGGAGAAGUGUUUCCUUUGGAAUCCAUGGAGAGAACAACAGUAAUGGAGUGAGAGAUUAUAGGAACGAGCCAGAUGUUUCAUGGGUUAACUCAUUGGUUAAAGACAGUGUUGUGACUGAGAGAGGCUUUGGGAUGAAUGAGAGGGUUAGGAUAAUGUCUUGGGCUGAGCAGAUGUAUAGAGAGAAGGAGCAGACUGUGGUGUAA